AAAAAAAAAAAGAAAUGCCUAGUUUGUACAUGUUCGGGUUGGUAGGCAAACUUUUGGAAGGGAAGGGUGUCGCCAUUUGAAAAAUUGAGGAUGGGCAACAGUUGGAAAGAAACGCCGCGCCCAAAUACACAUUGUAUUAAUCCAGCAUUCAUGUCAGCUAUACAGCGAAAAAGACCAGCCUCGACCUCCAAACGCGAACCAGUACCUACUGAGCGCUCAGUAUCAAGCGAGCCGCCAAAGAGCGGUGGACUUUUCAUGCUUGCAUUCAACAUUCUCACUUGGGGCAUCGUGUUGUUCUUUGUUUCGUCGUUCCUUAUAACUGAUUCAUGGACGUGGGGAUACCGAGGGAAAUGGGUCAACGUUAAUACGUGGAUUCCAAAAAAACAGAUCCAAUUGACUGAACAAGAGCUAGCUAAAUACGAUGGUACCAAUCCCUCUCUGCCAGUGUACAUCGCUAUCGAUGGUGAUGUUUUUGACGUAACCAAGGGAAAAGGAUGGUACACACCCGGCGGCAGUUACCAUUUUUUUGCUGGUAGAGAUGCCGCGCGUGCCUACGCAACUGGCUGCUUCAAAGAACAUCUCACACACGAUUUGCGAGGACUCGGUGAAAAUCAGCUCAAGAGCAUCGAGCACUGGAAGACAUUUUACAACAACCAUCAUAAUUACUUCAAGAUUGGCACGGUCAAGCAUGUACCUAUCGAUCCUAAAUCGCCCAUUCCAGCUUCCUGUGACAAAGCAAUGCCGCAGAAGCCAAAAAGGCAACAAGAUGACGAAUCGAAUGAAAAACAAAAAUAAUAAUUCGCCCAGUCCAGUUGUUUAUUCAUGAAAGCCCAUCAAAAAGGAUUGGAAUGCCGAACGUUCAAAUUAAGUAGGCCAUGACCCCAUGACCAGCAGCUCCCAAGAAAGCAGCAAGCCCAUGUUACUCAACACCCUAUCGUGCCGACGCUAUUUCUGGCUAGCAACGGCCAUGACUAGCUAUAUAUAACAAUAAAAAACAAUGCAGAGGUAUGCACAUAUCAUGACAUGCGUAGGA